AUUUAUGAUUCACAAGGAAUUAAUGUUACUUUUGCCAUACUGAUUUUAGAUGCUCAUAAUCAAUAUAGAGCCAUUCAUCAAGUAGCUCCAUUAUCUUGGGAAGUAUCAGCUUACAGUUAUGCUCAAAACGACGCUGAUAAUUACGACUGUUCCGGUGUAUUGACUCAUACUCAUGGACCAUUUGGUGAAAAUCUUGCCGCUGGUUUCCCUGACGGCCCUUCGGCUGUUGCAGCCUGGUAUGCCGAGGGAUCAACUUAUGACUAUUCCACCGAGAGUACAUACAAUCAUUUCACCCAAGUUGUUUGGAAAGGAUCUACAAAAGUUGGUUGCGCUUUUAAAAAUUGUCAAGCUGAAAACUGGGGUUUAUACGUUGUUUGUGAAUAUGAUCCACCAGGUAAUGUUAUUGGUGAAGAACAAGCUAACGUCUUACCACCAACCAGUUGA